CUAUAUAAAUGCAUGAGGCUGAUCAAAGGAGGGACAUAGUCACUUCUGUACCCAUCACCACUUAUAGAGUGGGGUUUUUUACUUCUAUUUUAUUUCAUUUGGAAGAAGGGAGAGAGAGUCUUGAAGAAAUUUGAAGACAAGAGGUUGAAAUGAAGAUGGGUGAGAACAACACUGCUACCAAGAACCAGAAUCAUCUUACCCACCAUGCUAUGGACAUCUCUGCCGGCGGCUCUAAAUGCUUCGAUGACGAUGGCCGCCUCAAACGGACAGGGACUGUUUGGACAGCAAGUGCUCACAUAAUAACAGCUGUGAUUGGGUCUGGAGUGUUGUCCUUGGCUUGGGCCACUGCUCAGUUAGGAUGGGUUGCUGGUCCAACCGUGAUGUUCUUGUUCUCCUUUGUCACUUACUACACUUCCACUCUCCUCGCCGCCUGUUACCGCUCCGGUGACCCCGACACCGGCAAGCGACACUACACCUACAUGGACGCUGUCCAAGGCAACCUUGGUGGCUUUCAAGUCAAGGUAUGCGGUCUGAUUCAGUACCUCAAUCUUCUCGGAGUUGCCAUUGGGUACACCAUUGCAUCUUCCAUAAGCAUGAUGGCAAUCAAGAGGUCUAAUUGCUUCCAUGCAAGUGGUGGAAAAAAUCCAUGCAAGAUAUCAAGCACUCCAUAUAUGAUCAUUUUUGGUAUUGCUGAAAUCAUUUUCUCUCAAAUUCCGGAUUUCGAUCAGAUUUCUUGGCUUUCAAUUGUUGCCGCGGUCAUGUCCUUUACCUACUCUACCAUUGGUCUCGGUCUUGGAAUCGGCAAAGUUGCAGAGAAUAGGAAAUUUAAGGGAAGUCUCACCGGAAUAAGCAUCGGCACGGUGACUGAGACUCAAAAAAUUUGGAGGAGCUUCCAAGCACUUGGAGACAUAGCUUUUGCCUAUUCUUACUCUCUCAUCCUCAUUGAAAUCCAGGACACAGUCAAGUCUCCACCAUCAGAAACCAAAACAAUGAAAAAAGCCUCUCUGAUAAGUGUCACAAUUACCACCAUAUUCUACAUGCUCUGUGGCUGCUUCGGCUAUGCCGCUUUCGGUGACCUAUCCCCCGGAAACCUCCUCACUGGCUUCGGUUUCUACAAUCCCUACUGGCUCCUCGACAUUGCCAACGCUGCCAUUGUCAUCCACCUCGUCGGCGCAUACCAAGUCUACAGCCAACCCCUCUUCGCCUUCAUUGAAAAAACUGCUUCCGAAUGGUACCCAGAAAGCGAAUUCAUUACCAAGGAAAUUCAAAUCCCAAUCCCGGGUUUCAAGCCCUACAGGCUCAACCUCUUCCGCCUCAUCUGGCGAACGAUUUUCGUGAUGAUAACAACUGUUAUCUCGAUGCUCAUGCCCUUCUUUAAUGAUGUUGUUGGAAUUCUUGGAGCUUUCGGGUUUUGGCCUCUCACCGUUUACUUUCCUGUCGAAAUGUACAUCGCGCAGAAAAAAUUACCCAAGUGGAGUACCAGGUGGCUUUGCCUACAAAUUUUGAGUGUUGCUUGCCUCAUUAUUUCUGUUGCGGCUGCAGCUGGAUCGUUUGCCGGGGUUUUCCUUGAUCUCAAGUCUUACAAGCCUUUUAAGACUAGUUAUUGACAGGACUCUGUUUGUUUCGGUAAAAAAUAUUUUCUAGUAUAAUUUGGUUAUGGAUAGAAAAUAUUCCUAAAACAAGGGGAGAGCUGAAGAUAUAGGAUUUCAAUUCUUGUUCUUGUUCAUAAGAAGGGUAAAGGGGUUGUCACAGUUCCUACUCUUUAGUUUCUUGUUGGUUUUUACUCCUAAAAAGGGGGGGUCCAUGAAUGCAAGUAUCAAUGUAGAGUUAAAGUAUGAGUCUCUAAUUGUAAUCCCAAUUAUGUGACUUUCUGUGUUUAUCAAUGGAGAUGAGAAAAUUCUAAACACAA